AGACACGGACACUGAAGCUGCAGAGCUCCGUGCUGACAGAGAGACCACCGGACCCCCGCCGACACUAACCCGGAUCACCGACAUCAGUCGUCCGCUGCCUGCACGAGACAUCACCUCCACACCUUCAACAGGGAUUCAAGUCGAAGCCUCGCGAUGAAACAAAGAACGACUUCCUGCCAGAUCAGUGACGGUCCUCGUCCCCGGGUCUUCCGCCAGGUCUCCACCAACAGUCGGGAGCGUUGCCGUCAGCAGAACGUUAACGGUGCGUUCACCGAGCUGCGGCGCCUCAUCCCCACACACCCCCCCGACAGGAAGCUCAGCAAGAACGAGAUCCUGCGCCUCGCCCUCAGGUACAUCACCUUCCUGGACCAGAUUGCGACGGAGCAGGAGGACCUCAGGGGGGGCCCCUGGGGCCGGGCGGGGAGCGUGGACAGCGAGCUGCAGGGGACGCCGUCACCAAACUCCAGCUAUGGGAGUUCAGUGGACGGAGACUCGGACGGUCUGACGGAGGAGCAGGACUGUGGAGGUCUUCUGCAGUACCUCCACCCAUGGAUGGAUUUAUGAAUGGGCCUCCUGGGCCCAGGGGUCCAACGUGUUAGGGGCCCCCCUGGCCUUCACCUGCAAAAUGUUACUCAAACAGAGACACGCACCAACCAGGAAGAGACUCAAAGAGACACAAAACGAAUACAAAGAUGCAACACGACUGAAAAUAGAUGCAAAAUGACUAAAAUGAAACUCUUUGAGACUCUUGGAGCCUGUGUGUCCUGCUCCUAUGUGGGACAGGUGUCUUACAUGUCUGUGUCCAGGGGCCCAUUGUCUCAUGAUACGCCCGUGGACAGACGGCUCCAGGACAGACAGCUCCAGGACAGUCCAGUCACACUGGAGACCAGCAGGUGGUGAAAUAAAGAUCAUGAAGUAAUCAUUUAAAACAGUGGAACAGUCCUUUAAAAAUACAUAUUGUUGUAUUGGACUGAGAGUUCAUGUGAUAUUCACAUUUAUUAGUGUUAUUAAUUAAUUAGUAUUAGACAUGUUGGAUUGUGUGAUGAUGUGAUGUGUUUUAUAUUCUGUCAGAGAAGAAGAGAAGACAUGUGAUGUGUUUUAUAUUCUGCCAGAG